ACCAUGAGCGUUCAAUUUCUUCAGAAAAUUAUCUCGGCCAGGCAUAUGGUAAAAUAUUCAUUGUGGUGUGAUGUGUAACGCACCUAUGUGCAGGAAAACAAUUUCUGAACAGAAUAACCAAUUUUUUUUCUCAAAGUAAAAAAAAUGUUGAGGGUGUAAAGUGUAAACAUGUAUUGAAGAAUUAAACCUGCAUUUGUAUAUUAUGUUGAUAGUUUUGUUGAUAAAAUGACUUUUAAGUUUACUAACUAGUUUGGUAAUAAUGCGUUCUGUGGAGAUGCUAAUAUUUCAAAUAUAAAAUAGUGUUUUAUUACGGAAACCUUUCAAUGGCUAGUGACAGCGAUAAAAGUUCUAGUAAUCAUAACUUGGAUGGAUCCCUGAAAAGUAACAAGAAGCAAAGCAAUUCUGGGAGUAUUGGUAUGUGUGACUGUGCUGAAAAAACAAAUCUGGGCAUCGGAAAAGGAGGGCGACAUUUAUCAAUUCCAUUUGAUUCUACAACAGCUAACGGGGAUCUAACAAAAAAACAAAAUGGCUCCACGGUGCGGACGAAUAGUCUGGGCUCUGGCGCACGCACACCACCCGCCGAAAGGACCAAAUCCAAAUUUUCCGCGUUCGGUAGACUCUUCAAACCAUGGAAGUGGAAGAGGAAAAAGAAAUCUGAGAAGUUCGAAGCUGCUUCUAGAACUUUAGAAAGGAAGAUAUCCGUCCGAGCGAAUAGAGAUGAAUUGGUGCAGAAGGGCAUCCUUCUUCCUGAGAGUCCCGUCACGCCGGUGCCCGAAGCCAAUGAGGAUUCGCCGACGUAUGGCGAGGAGGCGCGCAACGAGACCGGCGGCAGCAGCGCACAGGACCGCACGAUCGCCGGCAUGCACGCCGCGCUGCAGGCUCAGCUGGCCUCGCAGCUCGCGCAGCAACAAGCGGCGCUGGCCGCGGCGGUGGCGGCUGCCGCGGCUGCGCACCAUCACCACCAGAACAAUAAUGUCAUUGAACCAAAGAAAGACAAACUGGAGAAUGGCGGGGAGUUAAUGAGGCCCGAGAGGCCCAACUCUUUGUCUGCUGGAAAGCUUCCGCGACGAAUAUGUUAUCAAGGAGAUGUUGGGAAUAUGGGUGGGUACGGCCCUGGCGGGACGGACGUGGACAGCGAAGAGCAGCUGGUGCUGUCGGAGCUGCCCGAGCCGCCGAUCGCGGUUUCGGAGAUCGGGCCAAUCCCGCCGCCGCCCAUGUUCAGCUCGCCCAGCCCCACGCGCCACCAUCACCAACCCAACCCACACUUAGUUGUGCAACAUCCUCUCUCCGACUCCGAAGAGGAGGACGAUCAUGAGGACGACGACUUAGAACCCCUGCCGAUGGGGGCGGACACCAACCGUGUGGAGGAGAUCCCUCCCAAGGAGCCGAUCUUCAACGCGGUGCCGCUCAAGUCCGCGCUGAAGAAGCGGCCGGCGCCCGGCGCCUCGCCCGCCGCCACGCCGCUCGCGCCGCGCCAGGACCACCACCACGCCAGCUUCAAACGGCCGCCGCCGAAACCCAGGAUCCGCAUAUGCAGUAGCCGGCCGGUGCGGAUAGGCAACGCGGCGGAGAACAAGGAGAACGCGCGGCCCUGGGACACGGAGUACCGCGAGGAGGGCGCCAGUGAGUCCGAGCGCGUGGCCGCCAAGCUCGCGCGCAAGGAGAGCCUCAACAUCAAGCUGGCGCUGCGCCCCGACCGGCAGGAGCUCAUCAACAGAAACAUAUUGGUGGUGCAGAGCGAGCACGAGCGGCAGGAGUCGUGGGAGGCGAUCGGGGCGCGCCUCAUCCGGCGGCUGUCCAUGCGGCCCACCGCCGAGGAGCUCGUCGAGAGGAACAUUCUCAAGAGUCAGUCUCCUGCGGAGGAGAAAAAGCAGAAGGAAGAGAAGAAACGCUAUUUACUGCGCAAACUCAGCUUCCGACCCACUGUAGACGAGCUCAAGGAGAAGAAGAUCAUCCGAUUCAGCGACUAUAUAGAAGUUACACAGGCACAUGACUACGAUCGGCGCGCGGACAAACCGUGGACUCGGCUGACGCCGCGCGACAAGGCGGCCAUCCGCCGCGAGCUCAACGAGUUCAAGAGCUCGGAGAUGGCGGUGCACGAGGACAGCAAGCACCUCACCAGGUUCCACAGACCAUGACGGCUGCGGCUGACAGCCGGACCGGACUACUCUGCGCGCGGCGUGUGAGCGGCGACCCAUCCGCCCGCCGACCGCGACGGCGCUCUGCCACUCGUCACUUCCCUCGACCCCCGCGUAAAGGGUCACGUCACGUCACCUGUGAUUUUUAACGUUAUUUAUAUAUUGACUUCUUCCGAACUCCGGAAGGCUGCAAUAACUUACCAAAACGCAACGGUAAAGUGUUGAAUAUUCUAAAGUUUCGUUGUACUGCUGUUUCGACGUUACACGUUUUGUAAACCCGUGAGUGCAAUCUUGUUUUUUAGAUUUACAUUUUCUUGUAUCGUAGUUAUUGCCGAGUACAAUUUAUAAUUAUUAGUAUGGUAUCGAUUUAUGUUAAGUUGACGUAUUCUAAGCGUACCUAUACAUUCUUUAAAUUGACCUUCGAGAAAGGUUAGUGAUACUGAUUAUUGUGGUGGAGAUUAUGCGCUUCAAGCUCGGUGAACUGUGAGUUACGAGUGAUUUAUUUUGAUUAUUGAGAAGCAUCCGGCGUAGAAAGUAUGUAGUCUUGUGAUUUUUUCUUAUAUGCUAGCCUUAGCUUUGUAGUCAUUAAGCUAGAUUCUAUUUGCAAUCAUAUUUAUUUCACAAGGAAUUAUUGUUAGCGUCACAGCAUUAUUGUAGGUAACUUCACGCAUUAAAAUAGUUGUUUUGAAGUACCUACCUAUGCACCGAGCUAAAUUUAUUUGCAUAUUAUUUAAUGCAAUAUUUGAAAAUGAAGUACAUUUGUUAAUUAUUCAAGUUUUGACGUUUCGCUAUGUCUAUGAGAUACCCACCACUGAUUUUCACUUAUUGUUUCCAUGUGCGUAUUACACUCGGUUAGAUUGUGAAACUGUAUUUUGUCCUGUUCUUAAACAUUGUUGAGAUAAGCAAAUAGGUGUUAUAUUAGUAUUUAACGUUGUAACAUUAUACGUAUAGACUGCGGUCUGUCUCUGAAUCCGUCGACCUGACCACCUUGGGAGUGCUUCCAAAUGCUGUGCAAAAUAACAAUAAGUUUUUAGCGCGAGUCCAACACUCGUAUUAUUCUUAGAUACAUCUUAGUAUUUGCAAUACGUAACCAUUGCUCCUUUCUAUCUUCUCAGUUUGCUCAAAAUUAGACUUUGUACAAAUUGUAUUUCGGAAAGCACUGAUAUACCACCUAUAUCUUAUCAUAUUUAGUGUAAUAUCUAUUUUAUAAUUCACAAUCUUUUCAUUUCAGUAACUAAUAAUAUUCAACUGUUCUUAUAUUUACAUGGUAAGGUCUUCAGAACCACGUGACCAUUCCAGCAUAAAAAGGAAUAAAUAAAAUAAUAUUUAAACAAGACGAAAGCGAUUUGCAUACAUAGUUUGAUACUGCUGGUAUACAGUUAUAUUCCUAAAUACAGGGAUAUUGUUGGUGAUUAUAGGCAUCACGAAUACUGUAAGACAUGAAGUAUACACUGGAGUGAAGCUCAAUGGCAGACAUAGAUAGCUUUUAUGAAGUCCAUCCUGUGACUCGAGCGACCUCGGCGGGAACAACUUGUUAAUCAUCUUGUCGCUUUAGCCUAGCUCUAGCAUAAGUAAAUCAAACUUGAACGAAGUAUUGAACUAAUGACUAAAUGUUAAUGAUCGAAUAAAUCUUAUAAAGCUGUAGGUGUUAAUAAAAUAAAUAUACGCCUUUCGAGAUUAUUAUUUUGAUAUAAAAAGUUUGUUUUGCACCAGAGCGAUAGUGUGUACUUUCAAUUUACAUGAUUGUACUUAUAACGAGCAAUAAUAUACUAUCGUUUAAUUUGAUAAUUGUUCAAUGUUUUGAUGUUGAGAACAUUUUUUACAUUACAUUAUAAGUAAUUUCUUCGUAGAAUAACUAAUAGAUAGGAAUCAGUUAAUAUAAAUCAUUUUUAUAAGGGUUAUGUAUUGUUCUGUAGUGGUGCCAUUUUGUGAAGUGUUUCCGGAUAAGAAUACAGCAUUUCAUUUGACCAAGAUAUAACAUCUUGGCAGUGUCUCACUGCUGUAAAAGUGGAGUGAGCACUUGGGAUGAUGUCAAUUGGUAACAGAUUUUGUAAUAUGUUUAUUUAUAUAAUUAUUGUAUUUAUGUCAAUCACUACCAUUAUUUUCGUAUAGUAUUUUCAGUAGGAUACUGGACCGGUAUUACAUAUUUUGUGUUCACACAGCAUUAUGCAGUUUAUGAUAGCGAGCUACAAAGAGAUCAUAAUGGUUAUUCUUGAGACCAUUCCAUAUAGAUUAAUGUGGAAGCCAAAAUGACGACUUAUUUUUCUAAAUGGUUUUGUUAGAUUUGAAUUAAAAAAUAGUAAGUUAAAAUGUAGAAGUUUAUCGGUAUAUUAUAUGAAUAAAUAAUAAGACAUUCAGAUUUCCAAAGAUUAUAAAGGCUCAACUUAAUUGUUUUAGCUAGUUUACGAUCCAUCGUUCUCAAUGGGAUUGUCGAGAUUGGCAGCAUUCCUACAACGCCUUCAACGUGCGUUUGAAAUAAACAGUCUACAUUCAAAUUUAUUCGAACAUCACAAUUGUAUAUACCUACAUAAAUAAUUUACCAAUUAAAUGUGAUACGAAUUUUCUUGUUUUAGUGUUAAAUAAUUUAAAGUAGUCGCAUAUCGCAAUAUUUAAUGCUAAAAGGUGCUAUCGGUUAGCAUUGAAUACGAGUCUGUUUAUCAUAGAGUUAAAUAUUUUGAUGGUGUUUAGUGUCCUCUAUUUGCGGCUGGAACAAACGUACCCAAACAUUUUAAAGUGUCUGAAUAUUUUUAUUUUCUUUUAAUAAUACAUUUUGUAAGACUAUAUUAAUCAAAUAUUAAAGUAGUUCUGUUCUCUUUAUGCUUUUACUUAUACUUAUAGGGGAUAUAUUUCAAAUGGCAACAAAAUUUAUACCUUGAUUAGAAUAUCUUCAGCAAUUAUAUCGAUAAACAUUCUUUUGGAUAAUAUUUGUAUAUAAUUUUAUGAAUGGUGUAAAUUAUGGAAUCUCCUUUAUUUCCAUUUAAAUCGUACGUAAUUUUUGUGCUAUUACAUUUUAUUAUUGCUAUCUUCAGUAACCUGUAUACUGUUGCUUUUAUUUUUUAAAUUAUGUAAAUUAUUAAUGACAUUAAUUAUAUUUAAUAAUAGCCAUAAAAUUACUUGUUUUAUAUAAAAUAUAAGUCUGUAAAUACCCUGAAUAUACAUUAAGUUUUA